GAGAAAAAGAGAAAGCGAGACGUAUACAACGGACAGAGAGAAAGGCGGGAGGGUUUGUGUGGUAAUUGUUGCAGUGCAGUGGGUGACAGGCUGGGUGACAGCCCUGACUACCCGCACUCCUGUCUUAUUUAGAUGCUUCUGUUUGGGUUAGGCACCGUCAUGUCGUCCGAUGACCAUACCAAGCGUGGGGACCUGCCCCCCACUAAUGGAGCAGGCGGGUGUCGCUGCGGGUGAAGUCUUCUGCAAUGGCAUCGUGGGCCUCAUGCGAGCACGCCGUCGUUGUGAUGGCGUCGCCGCCGCCGUGCAUGCGGCCCCGGCAGCUACGGGCAUGCCCUCCUGCUGGCCUCAUCGCCAAGCGCAGAUGAGCGAUCGGCUCUGCUCUUGGUCCCCCGAGCUCAAACAUUCUCGCCAGCUCGUAUCUCUUGUGUGUGCGGCGCAGGCGGCGCCCGCUGCACUUCCGGCCGGAACAGUAGAUCGUUUGAUGUGAUAUGUGUGUGUGUGGGGGGGGGGGGGCGGGGCGCAAUCGGAAUGAGACGGCCUGGGUGCCGCGAAGGUGGGAAGGUGUGCUAAUGUCACGUGCCUGUCACAGAGCUGUGGGUCUCUGCUGAACAUGCAACCCCGUCUUUCGUGGCACCCUCAGUUCUCCAAUCGGUACAGUGAUAGGUCCUUGUUUAACUACCAGGAAAUACCUGAUACAUAGUUUUCUCCGGCGCCUUCGAUGUGCACGUUUGGCGUUUCCAACAGGUUGUUGGGCGGCAGGUCGGUGGCGUGAUCGGCUGUGCGAGCCGCAGCGUUCGCGUUGGUGCUUGUGGCGUUGCGGGGAACUUGGAGGUUGUUGCAAUGUAGUCUCGAAUGCAGUGCUCUCUAGCACAGCCACGCGCCUUUAACCUCACAGCAUGGGUUUUUUCGUGACAUGCGGCGACCUUGUCGGUGCACGUGUGUGUGUUGUGCUUCCGCUGAGCGCAGUCGAUGAAGGGAUUCAUGUGUGCAGGUUUGUGGGGCUUCAGGGCAGGGGUGCAGGAUGGCGGGUCUUUGUUGCAAGGAGAAGGACCAAGCGGUUCAGCAGCGCAAAUGCUUGUUUAGGUGUACCGGUCAUGCUAUGGAGGCGAUGAGCAGGCGAGUCUGAUUGGCAUUUGAACAGCCUAAUGGUUGUUGUAAUGAUGCAUCACUGGAUGUGUUUUGUAGUGUUUUGGGCACUCUUCCGCUCGUCUUUUCCCUUGAGAGGGAAAAUUACAUAUUGUCGUAAGUGUUUCGGUUGCAGUCGCCACCCCCCAAGACUGGCACCCCCCACGACUGGCACCUCAGCGCGGGGUGAGAAGCUCGCGAUACGUGUUCGGGCUUGUUGUACAGUUUGUUUGCAAAGGAUGACAGGUUUGCACCGGUAUUUCUUCAUCACGCGACGCACCUGACAACCAAUUCGAAAGACUGACACGUGUACAUAUCUGUGUCGGCUGGAAGAUGGGGUGCUCGUGUGCCAUGUGUUUGGACCGAGCGGCGGCUCUCGCACCUUGCUUAGCAGCCGCCCUGCGGCUGUGCGUCUGACACUCUAUUUGCGCGCGGCAUGCACAGCUCGAAAUAGCCGUGGAGAAGGCGGCCAAGAGAGAUUCGGUUUGGGGACGACGGCAUGGUACAUACGCAUUAAUGGUGCUGAGAAUGGCCAGACCCGUCAGCUGCGGGUGCUGCAAGGAAGCGACAUGGCGCAGCGAUUGACACUGCGUUAGACUCUGCUACUGCUUGCAGGGGGUUCGAAUAGAUCGGAUCGCGCGCAAUGAUUCACAUACAGUACUGGAGCGCUGCACGCGUGUCGUUUUGUGUGCGCGGGAUGAGUUGGCAAUGCGAGAGGGUUGGUAUGUAGUGUUGCUAUCGUCACGGUGUGCUUGUAGGUAUGCAACACGCACAGAGUGAAUGAGCGGGUCAGGAAGGACCCCGCAAGCCUGCUGCUGCACCGCAUGUCGCGCUGCGGAAAGCACGGCUGCUAGGGUUGCCGUCGCCAGUGAGAGGGUGGGCCGGGAGGCGCAGCGACACCACAGGUAGACCUGCGAUGAUGGAAGGGGAGGGCGGGAAGAUCUGUGGGCAAGGCGGGAAGCGCGUGCAGGAGGCCGGAGAUGAACAGUGAUUACAGAGCGACGGACUGUGUGUAGGGCGCGUUGUGUAGGGCUUGAGCUCGCCUGUGCGCGGCAAUUGCAGUGCCAAGUGUUGGCGGGUUGUUGUUCAUGAGCGGUGAGCUGAUGGUAAGGGCGGUUGUUCUUUGUGCUGUGCCUACUCGCUGAGCAAAUAGUCCAACACUGCGCACUCGAGCACUGGUGACGUUAAUGCGGUUAGCACGAGGGGGCCGAGUGCGUGCGCGCGCGUCCUGCAAAUCCGCUGUUGGCAUGCACAUUCGUUCUGCGUUUGUUAGCUCCCCAAAACCAGCGCUGCCGCCGGUGAAUGCAUCAUCACUCCAGCCUAAGUAACACUUUCUGCUUGCUGUGCGCGCGCAGCCUUUGGGAGCCCGCGUCAGAGCACAUGGGUUUGCCGCUAGGCCGUACGUUAGUGCGUGAGGUGCAGAGGGCUGCGCGCCGCCUCUCUCCUUGAGGGCUGAGGAGUUGCGCGGAUUUUAUCAUUGGUGGAACGCUGGUCACAGCUGCGCGCCUGUGGGAGUACAACGCCUGUGCGUGCCUAGCAUUUGCAGUCUGUACAUGCGCGGCGCUGGUAUAGAUGCGAGCCGUCGCGCUUAGGAGCAUUGGGGUUGUCCAAGCUCAAGCUAGUGGCUCGUGCAACAUGGAGCUCGUGCGGUACUGCAUACGGUGACACAGUUUCGGAGCGACGCGGAGGUUUUGUGGGGGAUAAUUUUGUGUGUGUAUGUGCGGCUCCUGUCAACAUUGGAGAUGCAGUUGACUGGUUUGGAUACCGGACGGCAAGUCGGUAACAGGCAGGGGUUGUAACAGGUUUGUCACGUUCUUGCGCUGUACAUGCACACAACACUAGGUCAAAUCGAAAUGCCGAGGCUCGAGCACUGGUUGGCUGUAGCUGGUGGCCGGCCUGAGCAAGUGUGGUGUACGGACGGUGGCACGCUCUGUAGCACUGUUCGCACUUUGUUGCACUUGAUCUGCGCAAACCCUUUUCAUUGCAAAAAUUACCAUAUUCUUUGGGAUAAGGCACGCCGCCCACUUGCAUGCUGCUGUAACGACAUUCAUUA